CUUGUGAUUUUCAUCUGGUCGCACGCACGCACACAAAGCACAUCCCCCGGACCAUACAGCGGGAAGACCUCAGGCCGCGCACAAUCGCAUCAAAGAGCCUGUGGACCUGCGAGCAUGCCAAGUGUGAGCCAUUGAGGCAUCAGAGAUCAUUGCAACAUCAUCACGAGACACUACUGAGUGGUCGCGAUUUAGCUACACCAAAAUUGAAGCGCGUCGGCUUGGUGUCGUACCUGUCUACCGCUUCUGUACGCCAUGUCAAGCAUGCGAGGACUCACCGUCUUUAUCUCUGAUUUGCGGAAUGCUCGGGCCCGAGAGCUGGAGGAAAAGCGCAUCAAUACAGAGCUGGCCAAGAUUCGCAUCAAGUUCAAAGAUGCCAAGCUCAAUGGCUACGACAGGAAGAAGUACAUCUGCAAGCUUCUCUACAUGUACAUCCUUGGCUGGGAUGUUGCAUUUGGCCACCUCGAGGCCCUCAAAUUGCUGUCAAGUGUCAAGUACAGUGAGAAGCAAAUCGGGUAUUUGGCCGUGACGCUCUUCUUGAAUGAGAACCAUGACAUGCUUCAUCUAGUGGUCAACAGCAUUCGCAAGGAUCUGCUGGACUCAAACGACUUGCAUGUAUGCCUUGCGCUGCAUUGCAUUGCAAAUAUUGGUGGCGUCUCAAUGGGGGAGUCGCUUUCAGACGAGGUGCAUCGCCUGCUCAUUGCAGCCACUUCAUCAUCCUUCAUCAAAAAGAAAGCCGCAUUGACACUCCUCAGACUGUAUCGUAAGUGUCCAAGCAUAAUACAACGUGCUUGGGCGGAGCGCAUUGUUUCUAUCCUUGAUGAUGACGAUCUUGGCGUUGUCUUGUCAGUGCUAUCACUGGUCAGCGCUCUGGCACAAGAUCACCCAGAUGCCUACAUUGUUGCAUUCUCAAAGGCUGUCUACAGGCUGAAGCUGCUCGUCCUCGAUCAGGCAUACGGGGACGAUGACCUUUACUACAGAGUGCCAAAUCCGUGGCUACAAGUUAAGCUCUUGCGCUUAUUGCAGUACUUUCCUGCUCCGACUGACGCUGCCAUCAUCGAGACACUUAUCGAAGUCUUGAAUGCAAUUGUCGCACUCGCGAAUACAUCGCCCAAGAAUGCUCAGCAAAAUAAUGCUCAAAAUGCCAUUCUCUUCGAAGCCAUCAACCUGGCCGUGCACGCAGAUAUGACUGCUGCGUUAGAGACUCAACCGCUGCGGAUAUUGAGUAAGUGCAUAUCGAGCCGAGAAACCAAUACGCGCUUCCUCGGUCUUGAAACGCUAUCCAGGCUAGCUGCGCGCAGUGAUAUGAUGGAGCCACUGAAGAAGCAUCAGGAUAUCGUAUUACAAUCACUCAAGGAUCGUGAUAUUAGCGUUCGCAGACGUGGUCUUGAUCUCCUCUUUUCCAUUUGCGAUUCUAGCAACGCGAAAGCAAUUGUCGCAGAGCUCGUCAAGCACUUGCAGCAGGCAGACUUUGCGAUUCGAGAAGAACUGGUUCUCAAGAUUGCCAUUUUGGUGGAAAAGUAUGCGACCGAGUAUCAGUGGUACGUUGCUGUCAUGUUGCAGCUGCUAGCUAUCGCCGGUGACCAAGUUCCUUCUGAAGUAUGGCAGCGUAUUGUGCAAGUCGUUACAAAUAACGAAGAGCUGCAAGAGCACGCUUCUACGGCCGUAUUGCAAUACCUCAAGCAGCGAACAUGCCACGAGAAUUUGGUCAAGGUCGGCGGAUAUAUUCUCGGCGAGUUUGGCCACUUGAUUGGCAACAACGAGGGUUGCACGCCUAUUGAGCAAUUUUCAGCGCUGCAUGGCAAAUUCAACUUGUCAACGACACCGACUCGCGCAUUGCUAUUGUCCACCUAUGUCAAGUUUGUCAAUUUGUUCCCAGAAAUCAAAGACGAAAUCAUUGCCGUGUUUCGGCAAAUGAGUAAAGUACUCGACGCGGAAUUGCAACAGCGUGCGUGUGAGUAUCUUGCGCUUGUGACCAUGCCAACAGACGACUUGCUUCAGGUGAUGUGCGAGGAGAUGCCGCCAUUCCCUGAGCGUGUCUCGGCGUUACUAUCACGCUUGCAUUCCUCUACAGAUUCAGACACUCGGAUCUCUACGAUCGGCGGCCGUGAAGGUCAAAUUGAUCGUGCAGCGCUCAAACUAGACUUAUCCAAAAUUUCGAUGAAUGGCUCGAAUUCUAAAAUGAACUCGCCAGUACAUCAAUUGAGUGGUAUGAAGUUUGAUACACCAAGAUCGAAUAGUAACACGCCAAAUGGCACGCUGAGCCGGCAGUUGCCUGACCUUGCUUCAGCUGCUAAUCUCUCGCCAGGCUGGGAGGCAGGAUACCAUCGGCUGCUGUACCGUGAUGAUGGCCUCCUCUAUGAUGACCCUCAGAUUCAGAUUGGAUUGCGUUCAGAGUAUGGCAAUGGCAAAGGCUUCUUGACCUUGGUGUUCACCAACAAGUCGGACAAUCCCUAUACGGCAUUCACGACCAGGGCUCUGUCAGCAGACACGAAUGCAUUGACGAUCAGCGCCGAAAGUUUCUCUCCGCCGACUCUCCCAGGCCAUUCGCAAGUCCAACAGCGCUUCAAAGUUGAAUGCCUUCGUCCAUUCGCAGAAGCGCCUCUAUUGAGGUUGUCCUACUUGGCUGGUGCAUUGCAGGCUCUUACCCUAAAGCUGCCCGUAGUUGUCUCGAAAUUUGCGGAACCGGUCGAGCUCACAUCAGCUGCAUUCUUUGAGAGUUGGGCAAUCAUCGGCGGCGGCGAGCAUGAGUCGCAACGCAUUUUUGGUCUAUCCGUACAAGGCAAUCGCAUCGAUCUUGGCCGUAUGCGUGCCAUUGUCAAGGGUCAUCGUAUGUGUCUACUCGAAAGUGUCGACCCGAAUCCAAAUAAUGUCGUGGCCGCGACCAUCAUGAAUACACUGGCAGAGGGCAAAAUUGGUGUCUUGCUGAGACUCGAACCGAAUCUUCAAACGACACGGUUCAGAAUCACAGUAAGGGCAAAGUCAAGGAUCCUGCCAUCAGCACUGCAAGAGACUCUGAGUUCUGGUCAUUUGGCGAAUGGUUCCCCUGAGCUUUGAAUCGGCAGGAGCACCGUAGCAUUAUAUCCCGCAUCUGUAGCAGCAUUGGCUCUUGACUCUGUUCUGUGACAUCACCACUGUUCGCGGGGAAAUGCUACGAAAAAACGUCAGUUGCAUUACUACAAAGCCCGAUACAAACACUCCUCAAACAUGGCUCACAAGAAGGACAUCAACGACACGAAGGAGCGCCAAUUUGCAGAGAACCUCACUGGCAACGAUGCGCAAGGCAACACUCAGGGGAAACGAGCCAAGAAGGCAACAGAUCAGCCUCGAGCGGAUGCUGGAGUCAUCAAG